CAAAGUGGAAUGGAUCAUUUUUGGAAUAUCGGAAGGUAACCCAGAAUUAAAUAUGUUUCAAAAGAAUUUACUUAAUUAUGGGCUAAUAAUGAGAAAAAAGCUUAUACUUAAAUUUUGGAAAAAUGCUCCAAUACCUACAACAAAAAUGUGGAUUUCAAACAUGUUCGAAACAUUACACUUGGAAGAGAUGAGACUCCUCCUAGCAGGCAAAGCAGAUCACUUCCAAAAGACGUGGUCUGCAUUUAUGGAACUAUUACAAGCAUAAGGUGCAAUAAUAAGUUAUAACAUAGAGGCUACCAAGACCUGGAAACGGGGGUAUAAAAUAGAUUUUUAAUAAAAACACGGUUGGUAUAUCCUUUUUUGCGGAGCUUUGUGUUACAAUAGAGCGAUUGAUUUUUCUUUCUUCUUUUUUUUUUCUUUUGUUUCUAGGGUCUUAUUUCUUUUCUUUGCUUCUUUCUCUAAUUCCUUCCCUAAGGGGUUCUCUUUUCCCAACACUUUCCUGCACCUGCACGAUUCUUGCUUACUUUUCUUACUUCUUUUAUUUCUAUCUUUUUUAAAGCUCAAAAAAUGAAGUGGUACAACAUAAUGUAAUAAGAUAUAUGUGAUGUAUUAAUGUGAUUUACUGUACUGCUAAUAAAAAUAAAAUUUAAAAAAAAUAAAUAAAUAAAGCUUGCUGGCUGACUUGGAAAAAAUAUAAUUUGUACUGUUUAGAGUUCAGUUUAUUGUCAUGUGUGCUGAGGUACAGUGAAAAGCAUUUGUUGCGUGUUAACCAGUCAGCAGAAAGCCAAUACAUGAUUACCAUCAAGCCAUCCACAGUGUACAGACACAUGAUCAAGGGAAUAAUGUCAUUGGUAUCUUUUAACCAAACCACAUCAGAUACUUAUUGGUCAUGGAUAAUUAUUAUUGCCUCAGUUCGUGUGGAGAGGUGUAAAUGGUGGAGGAGGGUGAAAAUCAAAUCCGCGUUGACGGACAAACUUUGUCCGAGUCUGUGAGGGAAGGGGAUUAGUGUCUUGGAGUUGAAUAUUGGUCAGAUGAAAGGGGGAGUCGGUGCUGACUGUUGUUCAAGGCUGCAGGAGAGGAGAGGAAAUCACUGUUCCUGCAAAGUUACAUUUGAUUGCAUGAACUUGACGUCAAUAUUCCAUUGUUGCCACUUGCAGAGAGAGAGAUAUAGAAAGGAAUCGGAAGUUUCAUUCUCAGUGUAUUACCAUACAUAAAACACUGGUUGCAGCAGGUCUGGCAGAGUCAGACAGAGAGGAUGAGAUGGAGACUGGAAUCAGUGCUGACUUUGGUCAUAAACACACUGUGGAUGCAAAACAUAGUCACGGACAGGGAUGUUUGUAAGUGUAAGAAUCAAACUCUGUUCAAAUCCAUCUCUUCAAGCCCUCGCGUCGAAGUUGAGGUGAGUGAUGAGGCGAAAAGCACUGCGUAGUCUUUUAUCGCUUCAGCUGGAAAGUGGAGCAAGGAUUUACGAGGAUGUCGCCCAGGGUUGGGGAAUAAAGAACCAGAGGGCGUAGAUUCAAGUUGAGAGGAGAAAGAUUUGAAGGGAAACUGAUAGAUUCGGUAUGGACAUCGUGGAUGGUCUGUUCCUGUGCUGUACUGUUCUAUGUUCUAGUUGUGUGGACACCAGAACAUAACAUGGGCAAUGGGAGGAAAAGUAGGUGGACUUUUUACUCCUAGGGACUGUUCUGCUUUUCGUUCCGAUCCUGGCUAAUCUAGUUUAGUGAGUGAUCUGAACUCUCUGCAAUUAAACACUCUAAAGAUUCACAAAUGUCUGAGGCAACACAACACUCUUAUCCACCUUAAAUGGGUAUCCGACUUACAAGGCACAAUGUGUAGGAAGGAACUGCAGAUGCCAGUUUAAACCGAAGAUAGACACAAAAUGCUGGAGUAACUAAGCGGGACAGGCAGCAUCUCUGGAGAGAAGGAAUGAGCGACAUUUCGGGUCGAGACCCUUCUUCAAACUGAGAGUCGGGGGAGAGGGAGAUACAAAGAUAAGGAAGUGUGAGGUGUGAGAAUUAGAUAUCAAAGGGGGUUGGACAAGAAGGAAAAUGUAGGAUAGAUCAUUGUUAGCUAGGAGAAGGUAACAACAAAGCAAACAGAUAAAAUGUAAUCAGGGGCAGUCAGACUGGUCGGAGAACUGUGAAGAGGGAGGGAUGGAGAGAGAGGCAAAGCAAGGGUUACAUGAGGUUAGAGAAGUCCAUAUUCAUACCACUGGGGUGUAAGCUGCUGAAGCAAACUAUGAGGUACUCUUCCUCCAAUUUGCACUGGGCCUCACUUUGACAAUGGAGGAGGCCAAGGACAGAAAGGUCAAUGUGGGAAUGGGAGAGGCAGUUAAAGUAUUGAGCAACCGGGAGAUCAGAUAGGUUUAGGCGGACUGAGCGGAGGUGUUCAGUGAAACGAUUGAUGAGUCUGCGCUUGGUCUCACCGAUUUAUAGGAAUCCCCACCUGGAACUGUGGGCACAGCAGAUGAGGUUGGAGGAGGUGCAAGUGAACCUCUGCCUCACCUGAAAAGACUGUCGGGGGUCCUUGGAUGGAGUUGAGGGAGCAAGUAUAGGGACAGGUGUUGCAUCUCCUGCGGUUGCAGGGAAAAGUACCUGGGGAGAAAGCAGGAACGGGGUACUGAUUUAGGAUGAUCAGCCAUGAUUAUAUUGAAAGGAGGUGCUGGCUCGAAGGGCUGAUUAGCCUAUUGCUGCACCUACUUUCAAUGUUGCUAUGUCAGUUAAUAGUCUAUCUUCUGUGAUGGAGACGGUGAGAUCAAGAAACGAAAGGGAGAUGCUGCAAGUGAAUUUGAGUGCAGGAUGCAAUUAGUAGUAAAUGUGAUGAAGUCUGUGAGUUCUGCAUGGGUGCAGGAGGUAGUAGCCCUGAUGCAGUCGUCAAUGUAGCAGAGAUUGAGUUCAUAGAUAGGGCCAGUGUGCGCAUGGAACAGGAAUAGCUUGACGUACCCAACAAGAAGAAGGGGAUGGGCAUAGCUUUGAGGUGCAAGAGGCAACGUUUAAAGGAGAUGUGCAGGACAUGAUUUUUAUGCAGAAAGUGGUGGAUGCCUGGUGGUUGAAGUAGAGGUGAUACUGGCAUUUAAGAUACUUUUGGAUAUGCUGAUUUAGCUCAUCGGGCUAAAGGAAUCAAGGGAUAUGGGGGAAAAAGUCAGAAUCGGGUACUGAUAUUGGAUGAUCAGCCAUGAUUAUAUUGAAACGCGGUGCUGGCUCGAAGGGCCGAAUGGCCUACUCCUGUAACUAUUUUCUAUGUUUCUAUGUUUCUAUGACAGCACGCAGGGUCAGGAUCGAACCCAAGACUCUAGUGCUGUGAGGGAGCAACUCUAGCAUUUAGGAUUACAACACAAAGUGCCACCAACAUCAUCUGCAGGCUAAAUCUGUCCACGAACACCCCUUAAUUUUCUUCAGGGUCUGAGAGCAGAUAAUUCAGUAUAAUUGCAGGAAAUUGUUAUUUCUUAAUUCAUAUGGAAAUUCUAAUUUUAUUCCAGGUCUUUGCAUUUCACCUUGAAAAAAACUGGACGCAAUAUCAGUGGCCAAAGAUUACAACGAUUGUGGUAACUGGUGAUGUGGAAGAUAAGUUCUACUGUAUCGCCCAUUCAUAUUACAUUAGACUUGUCUUGGCAGCAGAAAUAGAGCUGGCUCACUUGAAAAACAACGCAACGAUGAAAUUGUGGAUGAUUUCCACAGUAAAUCUUGUGAAAAAAUAUAACUUGGAUGGAAUAUUUAUAAAUUUUGGUGAUAAAUUAAACAAAGGAUCCCGGGAUUAUCAUGAAUUGACCCGGAUGGUGAGAACAUCUGUGUCACAUUUCCGCAAUGCAUUACCUGGAUGUCAGAUCUCCUUUACUAUGCCUUGGACUCCGAGCUGCAAGAAUGAUAAAUGCUUUGACUUUUUGGCGAUUGCUUCUGUGAUUGACUUGUUAUUUGUUGAAUCCUUUAACAUUUACAAUGACAUGCAGGACGGUUGUGUUGCAACGUCAAGCUCUCCCUACCAGCACGUGUUAACAGGUCUCUCCGACUACAUCAAACUGGGCGUUGACUCCAGGAAGCUUGUGAUGGGCGUUCCAUGGUAUGGUUUUGACUACACUUGCAAGCGUUUAUAUCAGGACGGUGGGUGUGAAUUGAAAAAUACUAAUCAAAUAGACAGCUGUAGUUAUCCAUUAGCAAGAUGGAUCCCGUAUAAAGAAAUCGUACGUCGCGUGUCAAGAUCUGUGACUGGAAGGUUGUGGAGUGAUGACCGGAGUGCCCCAUAUUUUGUCUACAUGGUAAGAUCGUACAUAGGCAGCUAGUGAGUCAGACAAUGCAAACAUUACCAUCUGUAAGAUUGAAUCAGUUCUGUGUAAGGGAUUGUGCAAAGCUCAGAACAUUGGGUCUGUACGGUGGAAACAGGGCGGAGAAUAAGAACUGCCAAGAAUCUGGGAGUGAAUGUACCUCAUCUUGAAUCUAAUCAAAUUUAAUUAAUUACUGUGUUAAUCAAAUGCAGACACAGAGAAUGUCAUGAGUUUCAAAAUGAGAUUGUCUUGAAAUUAAAGAAGAGAAUUUACACCAACUGCCGUCUGCAUAGCUAGUUUUGUUAAAUAAACACUGGGGGUUGUAAACCAAGUCACACUUAAGAGGAAAAUCGUGCAAAAUUGAACAUCUGAGACCAAAGGUUUUGUACACAGUGGGUCAGGCAGCAUCUCUGGAGAACAUGGGUAGGUGAUGUUUCGGGUUGAGACCCUUCUUCAGACACCAGCAUCGGGUCUACAGUUUCUGUGCUGUACUGUUCCGUGUUCUGUGUUGACGAAUGUGCCGUCCAGACAGAUGUGGUGAACCGUUUUCAGCAUUGUGUGGACCUAACCUUGUCUUCUACUGUGUAACUCUCCCUGGUUUUACGACAGCAUGAAAAAACCUACCACCAGGUCUGGUAUGACGAUCCAGAGAGCAUUUCAAUGAAGUCAACUCUCUUGAAGAGGUUCAAACUCGGUGGCAUUGGUGUGGUGAAACUAAAUGACUUGGACCACAGUGGAAGCUCCAGGGCAACGUUAAACGCUGAGGAAAUGUGGAAUGCCCUCCGUCCUCCAUGAAGAUCAUCCUGUGCUCAAAACAUUUAAUCUCUGUAUAAUCUAUCGCUUUGUGUUCUAUGGAAACAGAAUAAAAAUUAGCUACUUUCUUGCAUCAGAAGUGAAAUAAACAUUUAUCUGGAAAACAGAUUAACGUUUUAUCCAAUAAAUUGUAGCAAAAUACAAAGAGAGGUAGCAAUGAAUUUGCACAUGGAUGGAACAUGGUGGGCGAGCAGGAGAACAGUGGGACCCUCUCUCUCUCCCAUCCCCCUCUGUGAUUCCUGCAGCUCCCCUGCUCUUUGACUGUGUUGUGACCUAGGCUCACCAAUCAAACCUGCCUCACCUGUAUCCACCUAUCACUUGCCAGGCUUUGUCCUGCCCUCUUUUCUCUUCCAAGUUGCUUCUAUGUCCCCCUAUUCCACCCAUCACAAUCAGUCUGAAGAAACAUCUCAACCCGAAUCAUCGCCUAUCCAUGUCCUCCAGGGAUGCUGCCUGACCCGCUGAGUUAUUUGAGCAUUUUGUACCUUUCCUUAGUAAACCAGCAUAUGUGUUGUCUUUCCACUGUCUGGUUAGCACACCAAAAGCUUUUCAUUGCACCACGGUACACGUGACAAUAAACAAAACUGUAUAAACUGUAUGCACUUACUUGUUUCUAUACCCCACGCUCAUUUUUCCAGCUUUCAUCUCUCUUCCCCAGUCAGUUUGAAGAAGGGUCUCAAUCUAAAACAUCAUCUAUCAAUUCCCUCCACAGAUGCUGCCUGACCAGCUGAGCUACUUCACAAUUUUGAACAAAGAUUAUAGCUCAGCAUAAAAAGACCUUUGUGACUCCAAGCAUUGCACUCUCUGCAACUUAUCAAGCUCAUCUCCUCAUUUUCCAAUUGCCAUGAAGGAUGUUUAAUUUGAAACAUGACUCAAUUUCUCCCCUCACUAACGCUGUCUGAUCUGCUGAGUAAUUCCAGCAUGUUAUGCUUUUGCUUGGAAUUUCCAGCAUCCACAAAUUAUUGCUUCAAUCAAUUAUUUGGACUCAGAUGUAUCGGUCUCAUUCUUCUUCACGUUCUCCAAUUCCUAAUUCAUUUGUUUUUGAGAACAUGGAACUAUUCAACACAGGAACAGGCCCUUUGGUGAAUUAUGUCGACACCAAGACCAACUCAUCUCUGCCUUAA